CUGCAACUUCAUGACCUUCAAUAAACUGAUUCUGCAGGCCAGCCUCUCGCUUAAAUUUGGUCGUUGGACCAAAUGGAUCAGGAAAAAGUUCUAUUGUCUGUGCUAUUGCCCUAGGGCUUGGAGGUGAACCUCAGCUUCUCGGGAGGGCUACUAGCAUUGGAGCUUAUGUGAGGCGUGGGGAGGAGUAUGGGGACAUUAAAAUUUGCCUAGAGGAGAAACCAAGGAAGAGCCUAUCACAAUUACAAGGAAAAUAGAUAUUCAUAACAAAUCUGAGUGGCUGUAUAAUGGUCAAGUGGUAGCGAAAAAGGAGAUUAAUGAAGUAAUACAAAGAUUCAACAUCCAAGUCAAUAAUUUGACUCAAUUUCUACCACAAGACAGGGUUUGUGAGUUUGCCAAGCUAACCCCCGUGCAACUUCUUGAAGAGACUGAAAAAGCUGCUGGUGACCCCCAAUUACCUGUUCAGCAUAGGACUCUCAUAUCAAAGAGUUGGGAGUUGAAGAAGUUCGAACGUGCUGUUGCCAGCAAUGAAGGUUUGUUGGAUCAACUCAAGGCCCAAAAUGCAGAACUAGAAAAAGAUGUUGAACGUGUUCGUCAAAGAGAAGAUCUCUUAGCAAAGGCUGACUCUAUGAAGAAAAAGUUGCCUUGGUUAAAGUAUGAUAUCAAGAAGGCAGAGUAUAUGGGAGCCAAAAAUCAGGAGAUCGAAGCAAAGGGGAAGCUAGACGAGGCUGUCAGAGCUCUUAAAAACCUUAUUGGACCCCAUUGAAAAAGAGAAGGCAGAUAAUGCAAAAUUGGAGGCUAAAGUGAAAAAGAUAAAUGGUUUGCUAGACGGAAACAUGAAGAAGCGUAUGCAGCUUUUGGACAACUAUAACCGUUUAGGAGUACUAGUACAAGGGGCAUAUGAUGAAGUGGAUGAUUUGACGCAUCAGGAAGAAUCUCGUCAAUUAAGAAUCUCUAAAGCUAAGGAAGAUCUUGCCGCUGCUGAGGCUGAACUCAGGAAUUUUCCUCCUUAUUAACCUCCACGACAGAACAUGGAAAAUUUAAGUGCUCGAAUUGUGGAGCUGGAAGAAUCUGCGAAAGAGAUGAGAUAUCAUAAAAGAGAAAAUGAGAAGGAUUUAAACCAACGCAAAAUGAACCUGACGCAGUGUAUGCAGAGGUUGAGGGAAAUGGAGAAUGUCAACAAUAAGCGUUUACACAGUUUAAAAAGUUCUGGUGCUGAGAAAAUUUUUGAGGCGUAUCAAUGGGUUCAGGAGCACCGAAGCAUGUUCAAUAUGGAAAUUUAUGGCCCUGUAUUGCUUGAGGUGAACAUUGCCAAUCGAUUUCAUGCUGACUACCUAGAGGGCCAUGUUGCCCAUUACAUAUGGAAGGCUUUUAUCACUCAGGAUCCCAAGGAUCUUGUUUUACUGCAGGAAAAGAUGAAACCCUUUGGUGUUCCCGUUAUCAAUCAUGUUAAUAAUGAUGGUGGCAACCGAGAGCCCUUUCGUAUGACGGAAGAAAUGCGUAAACUUGGCAUAUCUUCAAGGCUUGACCAAGUCUUUGAAGCUUCCCAUGCUGCUGUCAAAGAAGUUUUGAUUGGUGACUUUGGACUGGAUCACUCUUACAUUGGAUCAAAAGAAACUGAUGCGAAAGCUGACCUGGUCUUAAGAUUGGGAAUUAUGGACGUCUGGACACCAGAAAAUCAUUAUCAUUGGUCCAGAUCCCACUAUGGCAGUCAUGUGUCUGGAAAUGUCGAAUCAGUAGGCCGAUCCCGACUUCUUUUAUGCAAUUUGGAUGUUAAGGAAAUUGACAGUGCCAGAUCGAAGAAAGUAGAACUGGAGGAGCAAAUUUCUGUCAUAGAUGCAGAUUUGAAGUCUCUGCAAAUUGCAUUAAGACAGAAGGAAGAUGAAGCAGCUGAACUUCAGCGCGAACGGGAGGAGAUUGUUAACGUCAUGCAAAGCAAGAAGAAAAAAUUGAGGGAGUUGGAACAAACUGUCAACCAAAGGAGAAUCAAGUUGAAGUCGAUAGAAAGAGCGGAUGAUCGAGAAGCUGCAAUAGCAAAGCUCACUGACAAGGUUAAAGAAUUGAAGAGUCAGCGUUUCCAUAGUGCUAUUGAGGUUAAGAAUUUGCUUAUUGAGGCUGUUGCUUAUCGAAGAAGUUUUGCUGAAAAUAACAUGAGCUCCAUUGAAAUUGAAGCUAAGAUUAAGGAGAUGGAAUCCAAUGCAAAGCAACAGGAGAUGAUAGCUAUGCAAGCAUCCCAAAAUCUUGAAAAUCGUAAGAGUGUCACGGAGAAUUUCCGACAUCAGCUGUCGGUUGCCAUGAAGCAUGCACAAUCAGUUGCUGUAAUUACUCCUGAGCUUUCACAGGCCUUUCAAAAGAUGCCUGCUACUAUUGAAGAGUUGGAGGCAACAAUACAAGAUACGAUAUCACAAGCCAAUUCUAUCCUUUUCCUUAACAAUAACAUCUUAGAGGAAUAUGAAAGCCGUCAACGGAAGAUUGAGGAACUGACAAGGAAGCAAGAAAUGGAUGGAAAGGAAUUAAAGGACUUACUAGAUGAAAUCAAUGCUCUGAAGGGAUGUUGGCUCCCAGCAUUGAGAAAUCUCGUGACUCGUAUUAAUGAAACUUUUAGUCGCAAUUUUCAAGAGAUGGCUGUAGCAGGCGAGGUGUCUUUAGAUGAACGCGACACAGAUUUUGAUCAAUACGGAAUCCUGAUCAAAGUAAAGUUCAGGAGCGCUCAGUUUCGACCAUUCUCUACCUUGUUUCUUUACAAGACCUUACAAACUGCCCAUUUAGGGUAUGGACCCAUAAACGAGAGGAAAAUGUUUCAGCAAUUGGUUAGAGCAGCAAGCCAGCCAAAUACUCCACAGUGUUUUCUGCUGACCCCCAAAUUGCUGCCAAAUCUAGAAUACAGUGAUGCAUGCAGCAUUCUUACUGUUAUGAACGGACCUUGGAUUGAGCAGCCUUCGAAAGUGUGGAGUGGUGGUGACAGCUGGGGAUCUCUGAGACUCCCAAUAGGAGAAAAGUAGUGCUGAGAGUUCGUAUUUGUUGAUAAAUGGCGUGGAAGUUUUCAUUGUUCGGAUAGGAACAACAUAUGGUUUUUCUGUUUGGCAAACUUAGAUGUAUUUUGGAUUAUUCAAUUUUUGCCCAUAACUCUAAAUUGGCUCUUUGUAUAUAUGAAUGACAUGUGUUCUGUGAUAAGGAUAAUAGCCACAAGGUCAAACCGAACCAAAGGACAUAGGGGUCGACCGGCCCGAGUGGUCGACGUUCGACCAUGGUACCGACCAGAGAAGGAGAGCGGGCCGAAGGUCGAUCUAGCACCAACCGGCGAGGGAGAUUCGGUCGAGGGCCGACUGGGCGUCGAAGGGUCGCGGGAGUCUCGACCGGUGAGUAGAGUAGGACUCGACCGGGGCGGAUCGAUCCAAAGGGCCAAAAGUCGACCUCCGAGUCAAGGCGCGUUAGUCGUUCGGUCGACGGGCACUUAGAGACUCGUAGCCCCGAAAGAAUAGCCGUACAACUAAAUCCUAUAUAAAGAGUAAGUUCGAUGGUUGGAAGGUAAGACAUCAUUUACUACAAACACUAUUACAUUCAAUACUAAUUAAUUCUCCUAUUCCGAAAUAUUGACUUGGGCGUCGGAGGGUCUUGCGCCGGAGCAAUUCCGGCGUAUUUGCAGGUACCGGCGUGCACCCGAGCUUAGACCGGACCGAAUUAAACGCACUUACGCCGCACUCGUAGCGAACCCUUUGAAAGACCGGAGUCACCCAUCUCGGACCGUAUCAUUCUGGAUUCUUUUUCACGUUUGCGUUCUGUGUUGAAGUUUGAAGAGCAUUCUUUGUAUGUGAUAUUUUGGGUAGACAUUUACUAUGACAUGACAAUGAACAAUAUUAUCCUUAGAUUGCUAGGUUUUUCAUGACUUGACAGAGCACACCUCUUCAUUUUUUGUGCAAUGUACAUUUAAAUAUUUUUCAUUUUUUC